GCACAGGCACAGGCACAGGCACAGGCACCUCCUCCUGGUUACUUUGAGGAAGAUCUUUAUUUGAGAAAGAAAGCAAGUAUGCGUAGGUGGCUCUGUUGUACUUGUCAGGUAGAAGAGUCCAACCCACCAAAUGACAGUAACAUCCUCAAAAGUCCGAGAAAUCAUGCAGACGUGUUUCCUCCUCUUGCAAAGUUACUAAUUUGAGUCUGAUGCA